AUGAAGCAUGUAACAGUACAGGAGAUGGCUGAUGAAAAAUGUUUGCAAGUGUGCCAUAAGCAGCAAGUGACGAAAAUUAAUGAGAACACCUACAUUGAAUGGCAAACAAAGUUAGCGUUAUCGGAAGUGCCUCACGCGGGGCUUUUAAGAGAAUUUUCACGAGUUUUUAAGUCACUUUAA